CCGUUGAGUCGGUUGAAACGCCCGCUUCAGGCCGAUGAGAUGGCGGCAUUGGCGGUUAAAGCCAGCUCCGCCUUGAUGAAUAGCUCCUCCGCCGGCGAUAAAUUCAGCUGUUGCCGGAAGAGUUUUGGAAACUUGGUUUUUUCAGGCGAGAUUGGUGUCAAGCCGUCGCGCCGGGUGGCUGACGACGGUGGCCGGCGUGGGAGGAGACGAAACUUGUCGCCUAGGUUGAGUGCAAUAGAGGAAUAGGUAGGGGCAAUAUGGGAAGAUGAAAAUGGGUUAUAUUUUUGUAAAUAAUUAAAAUCAGGUUCGGGUUUACUCUUUUAGGAGAGUCAUUUAAUUAAUUUGGGGCUGUCAUUUCAUUCGGCGUUUACGUUUUCUGUUGUCAACCAACUUUAAGGGGUUGUCUUCCAAUUUUACCCCUGACUUUCUGUUUUUGAUUAGCUCAGCUGCGAAUGGUUUUGAUAAGCAACAAUCGAUGUGAUAUAUAUUUAUUUAUUUUUAAUUGGAUGAAAUUUUAUCUUCGCGUUAAUUUCACA